GGGGAAAACGCAUUCCAUGGCUGCCUUACACACACACUACUUGUCCCCGUCCCUCUCUCUCUCUGAGAAGCUUUGGGGUUAGUUACUGCAGUACUGCCGAGCUGAGCUUCAGAACUGAAGGGGAGGGAUGGUUCUCCCUCUCUCUCUCUGAACCUCGUCAGUCUGAGUAGAACACUGAUAGUAUCGGACACAGCGGGGACAACUCUCCCACCACAUUAACUGCGCAGCAGCGUGUGUGUUCGUGUGUGUAGCGCUAAAGGGAGAGCUCUAAGUGUGUGCCAGGAAAAAGGAGGAGUGUGUAAAAGGAGAAGCAGCACCAUUCUGGCUGUGUUUUCUCUCAGUGUACAGAGGGGCUGGAUGUCUGGAGGUUUUCAGAGGAGGAGCUCUGAAGAGUAUGGACUCCACUCCAGUGACUGAACUAAAGGGUCAGUUGAAGGGGCCUUAGAAUGGGAUCACUUCUCACUUCCUCACUUGUCCAAAAGUGCACUUCAAUAUCUACCUCUCAGUGACUCUGUGACUCCUAGGCCUAUAGGGACUGCUGACUUCUUAUCACUGGUGUUGAUCUGAGUCAGCUUUAAUCAAUGAAACACCUUGCUCAGUAGACGUCUGCCCACAUAGGUAAACAUGGAGUUCUCCGUGGUUUGACCUUGCUUUGAGGUCUUUAGCAGUUAGCGACAUCAGCUUUCCCCACGCACUCCCGAAGACCAGAGAUGAGUGUGUCUCAGCCCGGGGAACGUGUCCCCGUCGGGGGCAUGAAUGGCUCCGCAAUGAGGCUCCCCCUCCUCCGCACCGGUGACCAAAAUGGCAAUGCUUUCCCUGUCUCCUCUUCCUCCUCCUCUUCCUCCCCAGACUCCCUGCAGAGUCUGAGCAGCCUGGACGUCGACAUGGAAUGCGUGAUGUCGACCCAAAUCAAAAUGGCCGCUGUCUCACCCGCUGCGGAACUGCCUCAGACAGAGGUCUCGGAAUCCAACGACAACUCGGUGUCCGUCUAUGUGGACGCUAAUGAGGACUCCUGGAAUGACAACCUGACCCUCGCCAUGAGCAUUGCUGGGAUACGAGAGCAUAGCAACGGUAGCCAAGUCGAUCUCCAUGACAACGUUAGCAGUGUGGCGAGCAACAGCGGUGGGAGAAGGGACUCUUCUCCGGACUCGGCGGCCACGGAGAUCCCCGGUGACGAUGAUGAUGUUGAUGAUGAGGAAGGGUCGUUCUUGUCGGUGAGCUCGGACAUGGUGAUGAGGAGAAUCAGCCUGAGCGACUCGGAGCGGCUCCCCAGCAGCGGGGUGUCCAUCCUGGAGGACUCGGACACGGCCUUCCCCUCCACAACGGCUCCCAUCCAGGCUUCACUCUCCGCCCCAUUGCCUGACCUCUGUAAGGGCCUCGAGGGGAGGAAGAGUCCUCAUGCUGGAACCGUCACCAUGGAACUCCAGAACCUCCAGACCGGAGCUAGCAGCUCACCAGGUCUGCCCGAUAGAGAGGCGCUUCAGGUGGGGGUGGAUCUGCCCAAGGAGGCCUGCACUCUGGAUGUUCUCCCCAUGGUGGAGGCAGCGGACACCGAGCCUGGUGUGGCACUAGAGGUUCUUCUCAGUGAGACUAUAGUGUCUCCAGAUUCUGAAGGCUUCACUGUAAUCUCCCAGACCUCUACCUCAGUACAAGUCUCCAAGGGUGUGAAUUUGGCAGUGUCCCCCUUCACCGUUCCCCAGUCUCCAAACAAAGGGUCCAAAGGUGCGAACCCCGCCUUCCGCAAGACCAAGGAACACCCGUGUGCAACUCGGGUCAAACUGAACGCCGCCAUCGCCAAGACGGCAGUCACCACGACAUCCAAACCUGGCAGGACCGACAUCAAGAGGUUCCCCAAACCCGACCUGAAGAACGUCAAGUCUAAGGUCAUGUCCAGGCCUGCCUCUACAACCAGAACAGCCAAUCAGACACAGGGAAAAACUGCUCCGGCCAAUGAAAAGAAAGCGCCAGACGGAGUCAAAAGACAAAGGUUGUCUUUGGGUCAAACCAAAGUAGCUUCGCUGAAGCCGAGCCCCAAACCCAGCCCCAAUCAAAACGCAGAGCCCAGAGUCUCUAACCAAUCCGAGAAGAGGAGGAUGGGCACUUUAGCCAAUGGCAUUCGCUCCACCUCCAGCAGCUCUCUGGGUUCAGAGUUGGCUGUGGAUGGGCACCAGAGGACCCUAACCCCAAAUGGAGAAGAGGGUACUACAGGAGGGUGUACUACAGAGGACACUGCAGGGGGUGAGACAGCUGUAGAACAAAGGAGAAGCAACGGCACAAAGGUCUCCUCCAAGCUGGGGCCCUCAUCGGUCAGACAGCUGCCCCAGGUCAAGGGCAGGGGGGCCGGGGGAGCGAGCAACACCGGGGGACCCUCCCUGUCUCCCACCUCUCCAGCUCCAGUAGGAGGGAGUUUUGGCUCCAGGCUGCCCCCUCCCGCUCCUCCUUCGACGGGGAAGGACGGCCAGACCACUGGGAGUGUGUCUCCACCGAGAGGACGACCAAGUCAGCCAGCUGGUAUCCCCAAGCCGCGUGUCACAGACAGACCCUCUGGAUUGCCUGGGCCUACUGUGGUGACCUCUAACCCAAAGCCAUCCGUCAACCAGGGGUUAGGUGCUGCUCGGCCUUCGGCUGCUGCCGCCGCCGCGUCCAAACUGCCCGUGAAGAACCUACCCACAAGCCUUAGCUCCUCUUCUCUGGGCAGCGCCGCCAGCGAAAGUAAUGGAUCUACAGCAGCCCCCAGCAAACUCCCAGCUCCAGUGGUGGGGGGCUGUAAACCAGAUGAGAGGCCCAGCCAGCCUACAGCUCCAGGGGGAACCCAGGGGUCGAUUAAGGCCCCCACCACUACCAGGCCACUGGGGUUCCGAACCAGAGCCCCCUCACUACCAGGGAGAAGCACUGCAACAGGGCUGAAGACUCCAGCGGUGACCAGCCAGGUAGCAGGCAAGCAGGCCCAGAACCCACUUCAGAGGGCCGGCUCGGCCAGAUUCAACCGCCCCACAGCUGCUGCCACAGUGGACAAGAACAAGGCGCGGGGGACGCCGUUGGCGAGGACCCUCUCCCAGACGAGCACCACUACUCAGGUAGGAGGACACAGCCAACCCCAGCCGUCCCAACCAGUCCUGGUCCCAGUCCCUGCCGUCCUUCUCCCAGUCCAGGGACCAGUGGUCUCGGCAUCCCGCCCGGCCCGGGCUCUAGUGGAGGCUAAGCCGGCCACAGUGGCCCACUACCGUGCCCAGUGUGAGAAGAAGAACCAGAGCCUUCAGCAUUUCCGACGGCUCCUGGAGCAGGGCAACCGCAGGAUAGAGGCCUUGGCUACCGUGGUGCAGCACCUCUUCACCGAGCGUGAAGAGUCAUUGAAGCUGAAGAAAGGACUGUCCCUGGAGCUCUCUAACCUGCGCGAUGAACUCAUCUCCUCGUCCCAGUGCUGUGAGCGGCUGCAGAGGGAGAAGGAGGAGGUGCGGGUGUCUCUGGAGGAGGCAGUGCGGAGAGUCCAGAGGGAUCACCAGGCUGAGCUGAGCGGCCUGGAGGAGAGGCUCAAGGCCUUCUACCAGGCAGAGUGGGACAAGGUGCACCAGGCCUAUCAGGAGGAGGCGGACAAAUGCCGCGCCCUCAUGGAGCAACAGCUGGAGGAGAUGAGGAGCAGACAGGAGACUCUGAGGAGAAACUCUGAGGCCAGCCACGCUCAGCAGAUGGACACGCUCAGACUGACCUACGACACCGCCGUCCAAGAGCUCAGGAAAACCCUGGAACAGGACUUGGAGAACCUGGACAAAACACGAAAGGAAACGGAGGCCACUCUCACUGAGAAAAUCCAGGACCUCACGUUGGAGAACGAGGCGCUGAGCGAGAAGCUGCGAGCGGAGGAGGAGAGGAGGAGGAUUCUGGCAGAGAAGAACCAGAAGGACUCCCAUGUGUUGUAUCUGGGACAGGAGCUGGACAGUCUUAAGGUGGUUCUGGAGAUCAAGACCAAGCAGCUUCACCAACAAGACAAGAAGCUCAUGCAGAUGGACAAGCUGAUGGAGAGCAACGUGAAGCUGGAGGAGCGUCUGAACAAAGUCCAGCAGGAGAACGAAGACUACAGGGCCCGCAUGGACAAACACACCGCACUCUCCAAGCAGUUGUCCAGUGAGCAGGCCAUGCUGCAGCAGACCCUGCAGAAGGAGUCCAAGGUCAACAAGCGUCUCUCCAUGGAGAAUGAGGAGCUGCUGUGGAAGCUGCACAAUGGAGACCUGGCCAGCCCCCGCCGCCUCUCGCCCUCCUCGCCCUUCCACUCGCCCGGCAACUCGGCCUCCUUCCCCACCGCCGCAGCCCCACUCUCGCCCACCAGAUAACCCAAACUGGACACCAAGGGGAGAGAGAGAAAGAGAGAGUGUGUGUGUGGGGGGAGAGAAAGUGUAUGUGUGUGUUUGUGUGGAUAUCCCCUCCAACACACCCUAAAGACAACCCCCCCUCUACAGUCCCUUACCUCCUACCCCCCAGAUCACCAACCCCAGCCUCUCAAGGAGACAAAGCUAUUCCAAAUACGGAUGGACUACUUCAUAUGAUGACGCUGCAGUUUUGGCUUCUGCCCACAAUGACUUGUACAGAUGUUUUCUUUGCUCCCAGAAAGAGAAGACAAUGUUGCACAGAUGCACUUACUUAAAGCGUAGGACAAUUCUGCCUUUUUUUCUGCCUGAUUUCUCUCACUUUUUUCCCCUCAGCAGAGAGAAAGAACAGGCAACUUAAACCUCAGGGUUUGUACAUAGCUUCUCAGCUCGUUUUGAUUCUCCUUUUAUUUGUGCAUCGUGUUCCCCGCUCCCCUAAUAAAGUUUGUGCUAAAAACCUUGGAUGUAGUUUUGAAAAUGAUAUAGGCCAGAGACGGAAGUGGAAGUGAGACAUCGCAUUCCCUUUUUUCUGGUUCAUAUACAGUCAAUGAAAAAAAAUAUCUGGUAAACGGCCUGAGUGGGGCAUCUUCAUUUUUCCGCCAUCUUUGGUAUAGAGCGUUUUUGAGGACUUUUAGGGUGACUUAUUGAAGAGCAGAGCUUUAUCCAACGAGCACUUGCUUUUGACCCCUUGUAUAAACAGUCCAUAUCUGGGCGCGGAUAUUCAGAGUUAAAGUGAACUUUAAUCCCAACCCUUCAUCUCUCUACCUUAAUAAAACUGUGGAAUGUA